AUGGAGAGUCGAGUGGGCCUGGACUACAUAGUGGAGCACGCGGAGUACGCGGGCAAGUUAGCUGCCGCGCUCACUUCUCCUACCGCGGCUGUUAAGAAACAAGUUUUCGAGCUGCUUUCGGCAUUAUGCGUGUACAACGCCGAUGGGUACGCAAGAGCGGUGGACACACUCGAUAGAUAUAAGGUUCUAAAAGGAGAACGCUACCGACUCUCAGUAGUGGUGGAAGAAUUAAAAAACGCUACUACAAUAGAUUACAAAACUGCGCUCGUUGCGUUUAUUAAUUGUCUAAUCAUAUCUGCGACUCGACUACCCGACAGGAUCCGAGUGAGGAAUGAGUUUAUUGGACUUGGACUGCUUCCAACACUUAGUAACCUAAGGCAUGAAGCUGCCAGUCACCCAAACCUCGGAGUCCAGCUCGACGUGUUCGAGGAGCAGCGUGAGAGCGACGAGGCACAAGGCCCCGGCGGCAUCAAUCUCAACUCCCAUUUAGACGUGUUUUAUGCUAUUUUGAAACAGGUAUCUGAUACACCGCAAGAGAUCCCAUUCCUGAGUAUCCUACAGCAUUUACUGCGGAUAGACCCGAAGGAACCAGUCAGCGACAUCGUGUGGGACACGGCUGAGACCCUGGUACACAGAGCCACGCUGCUGGAGACGAGAGAAGAUGCUGCGAAGUUGCUAAGAGCACCAAGUGUUCAGGCAAAAAUGGGCUGCACAUGUCAGCAUAGAGACCUAUCGGGAUCAAAUAGGAAACAAAGCUUGCAAAGAGCACUAUCUCCCCCGCCGCCCCCGCCUGCGCCUGCGCCUCCACCUGCAAUGCCUCCACCCCUACCUCCAGCACCCCCCGCACCCGCACCACCCCCUGCGCCCCCCAUCCCCCGGGGAGCUCCCCCACCACCACCCCUCGCGACUCUGUCCCCACCAACACCCCCUAUAAACAUCAAACUACCACAACAAGAGAUACCAUUGCCCAAAACCAAAAUGAAGACCAUCAAUUGGAAUAAAAUUCCUAAUAAUAAAGUAAUCGGCCAAAACAACAUUUGGUCAAUCGUAGCCUCAAGUCACAAGCACUCUCCUAAAUCAGAGCUGGACUGGAGCGAGAUCGAAGGCCUAUUUUGUCAACAAGUGCAACCUACGGGGUCAGCGGGGUCAUCACCGCGCUUGGGGCGAAGCCCUAUUUGCGACAGUUCAGGAGAGCGGAAACCGAGGAAAGAGCCGUCUGAAAUCACACUCUUGGAUGGAAAGAGGAGUUUGAAUGUCAACAUAUUCCUGAAGCAAUUCCGAAGUUCCAACGAAGAUAUCAUCCAAUUAAUACGAGAAGGCUCACAUGACGACAUCGGCACAGAAAAACUCCGCGGACUCCUCAAAAUUCUGCCAGAGAUAGAUGAAUGCGAAAUGUUAAAAGCCUUCAGCGGUGACGUCACUAAACUGGGCAAUGCGGAGAAAUUCCUUUUACAACUCAUUCAGCUACCCAACUACAAAUUGCGAAUAGAAUGCAUGCUUCUUAAAGAAGAAUGGGCUUCCAGUGCUGGGUACUUGGAGAGUGCUAUCAACGCCAUUCUUGUGGCAGGAGAUGACCUCAUGUCUUCCAGAGCUAUACAGGAGGUCCUGUACAUAGCUCUGAUCGCGGGCAACUUCCUGAACGCGGGCGGCUACGCGGGCGGCGCGGCCGGCGUCAAGCUCUCCUCGCUGCAGAAGCUCUCCGACAUCCGCGCCAACAAGCCCGGCAUGAACCUCAUGCAUUAUGUCGCUUUGCAAGCAGAACGUAAGAACAAAGAGUUGGUACACUUCGCUGACGACAUCAGGGUUUUAGAAGAAGCAUCUAAAGCGAGUGUUGAACAGUUACAUAAUGAAAUAAACACACUGUCUCAGCGAAUAACUGCGUUGAAGAAAGAUAUACAAGCGACGACCCAACAUGAUAUAAGGGAGCAAAUGGGAGAUUUUUUACAGGUUGCAGAAAGAGAAAUUUCAGCGUUAAACAAAGAUAUGGAAGAAGUGGAGAGCAUGAGGAAGCAGCUUGCUGAAUUCUUCUGUGAGGAUCCUGUCUCCUUUAAACUUGAGGAGUGCUUUAAGACAUUCGUGACAUUCUGCAGCAAGUUCCGGUCCGCGGUGACGGACAACGAGCGGCGCAAGGCGCACGAGGAGCAGGCGGCGGCGCGGCGCCGCGCGCGCGACCACGCCGCCCUCGUCACUAAGGCUAGAACUGGCGGUAGUGUAUGCAGUACGCCGGUAUCGGAGUGUGAAUCUCUUAUGGAGUCCCUUCUGCUGGACAUACGAAAUGGGCUCGGUAGAAGAUCUUUGAGGAAACCUCACGACCCUUCGCCCUCUCCAGAUGUAACCCCUACAGGGAGCUUACGCCGCCGGAGCCGCGCCAGCCCCGGGGAUGACGAGGACGGCUUACUUGAGUUCUUGAGGCACUCCUCGCCCGCAAACGAACUGCGUGAAAGGAACGCCUGGGGUAGCCUUGAUCGUUCCUGGUCCCGACGUGGUCCAGUACGCGCUCGCCUUGAGAUACCCGACAGAGAGAGAACCGGCGAACGUCCCUCUUCUCCCUCUCCUUCUCCCUCUCCCUCUCCUUCCCCGCGCGUCGUUCCUCUUACUCCCUCUCCACCCUCACCUGCUGUCCCUGAAGCACCACCUAAGCCUAAGGAAUGGCGACAGAAGAUCGAGUCGUGGCUGCGCGCCAACAGCGAGGAGGCCGGCGCGCCGCGGCCGCGCGCGCGCCCCGCGGCCCCCGCGCUCCCCGCGUACCGGCGCUCCUUGGAAAACGACUCCGAGAGCGAGCGCAGCACGACGCUGGACAGCGUGGCGGAGGCGCGCGCGGAGUGGCGCCCCGCCGUCACCGACACCGACCUCGUGCGCGCCAUCGAGGCCGUGGAAGAUGUUCAACCAAAAACAAAAGAUAGCAGGUUACCAUGGAGGAAGACAGAAGAAAACGAAGAGAUGAGGCGACUUAGAAGACAACGAUCACGCCCACAAAUUGAUUCUCCUCAACCUCUAGUGUCUAUCACUGAGGAGGAAAAACGAAAAUUACCCGACAUCACUGUGACCAUUGCUAAAGAAACUAAACCAGAAAAAUCAGAUAGGGUUGAAAUAGAUUCUGAUAACAUUGAAACACCCCCCGUGCAUAGGAAAAUGUUUAACCCACCCCCUGAAAGAGAACCCUGUAGAAAGUUCCAACCGUCACUAUUAAACGAGAAAGUGUCCAGAGAAACAGAAAUGAAAGAUCUAUGUCAAGAAAUAUUAGGUGACGGACAAUUCGAUAGAUUCUCAGCUGCCAGAAGGACAAGAAGAUACAAACGAACACCCGAAUCUAGCUCACUUGAAGAAGAAAAGAAACCAGAAAGCCAAGAACUGACUGCGGAAACUCAAGUGACCAGACCUUCCAAAUUAGAUAUCCAAGCUUCAUACCCAAUUGAUGCUCCUAAGGAAGUAACAAAGCCAGUGGAAGAACCAGUUAAAGAUGAGAAAGAAGUUAGGUUAAAACGUUGGCAGGACAGAUUAAAAAGCCAAAGCACACAAAGCACAGAAAAAACAACCAAAGAUAAUAAAUCGGUGCCAUACUCGAGAAUGAGGCGGCAGACGUCUAUCAAUCAGGAAGAUGUUCAAAAAGCCAUCAGAGAGCUAAAAUCACCCACACAAACACCUACAGGAGUUUGGUCGAGAAAUGCAUAUAGAAAAUCUAUGAAUGCCAAGAUAGAUAAAGUGCCUAUAGAAAGAACGACAUCUCCUCGAAUCCCAAAAGUGAAAAGUGAACACGAAUUAAACGAUGAAGGGUUUGAAGAGACGCAAAGUCUUAACUCAGAAAGCGCGUCUCAGGGAGCGUCGUCUGGAUGCAACAUGGAAUGUGAAUCGCCAAUCCCUAAAAAGACGGAAAUUCCAAAGAAAAUUCAAACCAAAGACACAAAAGCGCCGCCACGGACCCCAUUAGACACGAAGCGGGCAUUUUCAAAACGCGCGAGCUCUUUGCGAGUUGAAAGAUCAACAUCUCGAGCUUCACUUAGAAGUUCGAGAUCUUCCUUGAACAGCUCAGUUUCUGUGGCAACUGUGAAAAAGGCCCCCACUCCAGUGAAACCAGUACCGAAACCGGUGCCAAAACCGGUAUCUAGAAUGCCAGCGUCUAGAUCCUCAUCGAGUGGCAGUUCUGUGGGUGUUCCACGACCACCUCUAAAGACUAAAACGUCUGGCUUUAUGAGACCCACUCAAGCUUCUAAAGGGAGAGGAACAACUCAAACUGGAUUGAAAAUGAAA